CGAAUGUUUCCGGCCUAUAAAGUGUCUGUUACUGGACUGGAUCUGAAGUCCAAGUACGUCAUGAUGAUGGAUAUUGUACCGCGGGAUGAGAACCGCUAUAAAUUCCACAACAAUGGUUGGGCCGUUGCGGGCAAAGCGGAUCCGGAGCCCACGAAGCGCCUUUACAUCCAUCCGGACUCGCCUGCCACGGGUGAGCUCUGGAUGCAAAAACCCAUCUCCUUCCACAAACUCAAACUAACCAACAACAUCGCCGACCGACAACCCCUGCAUCCUCCUAGCGGCAAGAACACCAAAGGUGCGAAGGAGGCUAUUGUGUGA